CUUAAGUUCAACAUGACGGUUAGUAUCUGUUUAUAAAAAAAAUGUAUAAACUAUUUUCAAGACGCGACUGUUCGCGGCGGCCGACAACACUACCUAUUGCUCAGAGAGCACUAUCAUGCAACACAUAGUAUCAUAAGCGUCACUAAGGAGCAGGGGCGUAUUUAAGGGGGGGGACACGAUUUCUUGUGUUUUUGAAUUUAAAAUUAUAGAUCAUAGAUUUUUUUCUACUGGCGGAUUAGUGUUGUUGUGUAAGGUAUGCAAUGUAAAAGUUGCUGCUGAAAAAUGUUCUCCCAUACAUCAACUUAUAUCAAGAGACAAACAUGUAAAUGAAAUACAACGAAGAUAACAAAUUGAAGAACAAGAAAAAAAUAUGUCACAAUGUUUUAUUGCCAAUACAUCAAGUCACACAAACAGUUUACAGAUUUGACAUUACACAGCAGAUCGUUCGUAACGAGAGCUUGUCGAAAACAAUAAAUUGUGCGUGUGUGUCAGGCAACUGUGCCUUUUUUGAUUUACGCCCAUUAUUACGACCAUUUAUAUUAUAUUUUAUUUACACACAUAAAGGCGGUGGUGUGCAGAAUUUUUUCAUGCAUUAUUUUUACAUCAAAACCGUCGGUAUCGACGCAGUAUUGAAGUAGAAGGUGCAACUGUUAUAUUCUUACUUUCCGUAGAUUGUUAGUGGGUAUUAAAAGAUAAAUUAGAUAAAAUAAUUCUUAUUUUGGAUAGGUACUUAUAUCAGGGGCUUAUUUAGACUUACUUCUAGGGGGAGGCGACUUAAAUUUUUUCUUUAAUUCAGGCUC